GCUAGUGAGAAAGCUGUUUCACUGCACGUUCGGUACAGUUCUUUCAUAUUGCAGUGUCGCAUAGAUUUUUUGCGAUGCAUAGUUGUUAAAUAACAUGUUGGCAUGGACAGCGACUUGGGUUUCUCUUCUCGUCGGUCACCUAUAGUGUGUUUACACGGCUGUGUGGCAUCCAGCCAGCAACUCGCUUCGACAGUAGGACUAGAUGUUCUGAAGCGUGGCGGCAAUGCUGCAGAUGCUGCGGUUGCCAUAGCAGCAGCGCUGGCAGUUACAGAGCCGGGCAGCACUGGUCUUGGUGGUGACGCCUUCUGCUUGUUCUUCAACGGCAACACUGGAGAGAUCAGAGGAAUAAAUGGCAGUGGUCGUACGCCCAAACGCCUGACUCUGGACUUCCUCAAAGACAGAGGAUACAGUGCUGAGGCCCCGCCUCCAGAAACUGAUGCUCUGAAUGUUACAGUUCCCGGGGCACCUGCAUGCUGGUGUGAUACUGUGCAGCUGUUUGGUAGCCACAAGCUGUCCUUCCAGGAGGUGCUCACUGGAGCAGUGGAAUUGGCCGAGGUGGGGUUUCCUGUUGCUGAAGUUACAGCUCACUUCUGGGCACAGUCAGUGGCUGAGCUUCGAGAUGCAGGGAAGGAACUUGGUGGAGACCUGCUGAUUGACGGUCAUCCUCCCAAGCAUGGAGAAGUAUUCAGGAACCCUUUCCUUGCCCAAACUCUUAAGGAGUUUGGGGAGCGUGGAAAGAAAGCAAUCUACCAAGGCAGAGUGGCUCAAGCCAUUGUUGACAUCAUCGCCCAGCAUGGAGGCGUCAUGACCUUGGAUGACCUCAGUAGCCAUGACAGUGAGUUGGUCACUCCCAUCAGCACAGAGUACAAGGGUGUGUGUCUAUGGGAGCCUCCUCCCAACAGUCAAGGAUUGGCUGCUCUGCUGCUGCUUAACAUCCUGGAGAACUUCCCUCUCAAAGCCUUUGGCCAUAAUAGCCCAGACUACAUCCAUGUUUUGGUGGAGGCUGUUCGCUUGGCACUAACAGAUGUUGUGCAUUACGUGGGUGACCCAGACCAUGUCACCAUUCCCGUGCAAACCCUAUUGGACAAAAGCUGCAGCCACCAGCGAGCGCAGCUCAUCAGCAUGGACAGGGCCAUGGAAGUUGUGGAGCCUGCCCUGCCGACAGGAAGUGACACGGUGUAUUUCUGUGUGGUUGACAGUGAGGGGAAUGCCUGUUCUUUUGUCAACAGCACAUAUGAUUGCUUUGGGUGUGGGCUUGUGCCAAAGGACUGCGGCUUCUCUCUACAGAAUCGUGGCGCCUUCUUCUCUCUUCAUCAUAACAGUGUUAAUUGUGUGGCUGGGGCAAAACGUCCUUUUCAUACCAUCAUACCUGCGCUCGUCACUGACUGUGCGACUGACUCCCAAAAACCACGCCUCCUUGCCUCCUUGGGAGUGAUGGGUGGUAUGAUGCAAUCGCAAGGACACAUUCAGGUUUUGUUGAACUUGUUGGAGUUUGGGAUGAAUCCACAGCAAGCCCUCGAUUCACCUCGAGUCUUUGUGCAGCACGACCGCAAAAAGAAUCAGUGGUUAGUUAAUCUUGAGGAAGGCAUCAAGCCUGAGGUGGCUGAGGCUCUAAGAAGACGAGGUCAUAAAGUCAACUGGCCAGUCACAGGCCACAAGAGGUCUCAGUUUGGGAGGGGACAGAUCAUCACAGUAGGGGACUGGUGGAACCCAUCUGUCAAUCACAAAAGUCACGCGACGAAGGUCCUGUGGGCAGGAUCAGAUCCCCGAUCAGAUGGAUGUGCGCUGGGAUACUGAACUGAAUUGAUCAGAACAAGACCGUAAAGCCUCAAGAGACAUCUCAGUAAACAAUGACUUUAUUCAUUCAAUAAUUGGACCACAUAUACUGGACAUGUAUUGGUUUAGGUCAGAUACAGAUACAUUUAUAAAGAUCGGAUCAUAGGUGUUAUUUGUUGACAUAUUGUUCUGCAGACUGGGUAUGACCACAAACCAGUAGGUUGUGGUUUGAUGUUUUUAGUCAGGUCAAUUUACAAAAUUAGAUUUAAAUGUGGCUAAAUUGAUUUAUAGGUCGCCUUUCUACAGUAUUACUGCACAGAGCAACUGUAUGUUUAUAUUGCUUAAAAUGCAAACCCAUACAUGAAAUGGAAACUAUUAAAAUUGAAAGGCAGGGAAACCAUAAAGUGUUAGCUUAUUUUGUAAUGCUGUUUAUUUGAUUCACACUAGUCUAAUUAUUUUUUUAUGUGUGGUCAGAUUUUAUCAAUGGUUAUUCAGUGUGUUGAAAUGUUCAGAAUGGAGCACCACUAUUGGGCUCAAAUUGUCAACUUUGUUCACAAAUAAAUAACUA